GUGUGUGUUUUCGUGCAUUGCGUUUUGGCAGUGUGUUUGGAAUUUUGUGCAAAUUGAAGAUUUUUUAACAAAAUGCCAUCUCCCGUUAAUGAUCCCUUGGUUUUGUUGACCAACAAAGGUGAACGCCAACCAAAUUUCUUGUCGACCAUCUAUAAUCCGCUAGCAUGCGCUGCCGCCGGCUGUGGUGUAGCCAUGAUGUUGAAUUGGGGCUUCCGUAGACCAGUGAUGUCCGGUAUUCAAAAGCAUGUCGCUUUAACUGCUGUUGGUGGAUUUGUGGGCACCUACAUUGAUAAGAAACGUAAUGAAGCUUUAGCCACCCGUGAUGCCGUUCUCAGACAUUAUGUACAAUUGCAUCCAGAAGAUUUCCCAGUAGUGGAACGUAAGAAGUAUGCUGACGUUUUAGAAAAGUGGGUACCAAUCCGUUAAUUGCUAACUUUGAAAAUUUAUACUGCUUUGGAUGCGGUCGACUAUUAUUUCUUUUAUCGAUAAGUUAAAUUAAUGAAGAAUAUUAUAGAAAAAUAUAUAAAGUCUUGAAAUUAAACAA